GUGGCCAUCGGUGGUCGAAAGAACUCGGCGGUCGAAAAACGAUGGUGUGGCGUCCGGAAGUGUCGAAAUACAAAAUGCAGCGUGACCGGAAUCGCUACAGACUACGUAGGCAAGCUCAAUCAGACCAUUUCCAACCGUACUUGCUUGAAAUGGUCGUUGCACACCGGUGUUGGUUACGCGUUCCCAGACAAAUCGGUGUCGGCGGCAUCCAACUACUGCCGGAACCCGACCAGAGAGCCGACGGGCGCUUGGUGUCACGUCAGCGGCCCCGCGAAAACGGACUCGUGCGACGUACCCGGGUGUUCGGACGACGGCGGCGACUUCGACACGUUGCUGGUCGGCGGCGGCGGYGUCCACUGGAUGCACGUGUUGCCCGAUUGGAGGGGCCAGUCAGGCCUAAGAAUCCAGCUCAAGCGGUGGACGCCGGGCGUCUACGAGGGUGUGUCGCUGUACUUCCGGCGCGCCGGCCACCCGUCGUUCUACGAUGUGGUUCAAGUGGGCGCGGACGUCGACGAAAAGAUCAAGUUGUACCGGUCGGUGGUUCGGGACGGUCCUGA